AUGGCAAACAACUCCGGUGGCAUCCCGUAUACUAACAACGGAACAAGCGGCAAUACAGACGGGCAAGAUUAUGGAAGUACAAUAUAUGAUCUGGUUUUUUCCAUUGUGAUAGCAAUUAUCAUGGGUUUUAUUCUGUUCUCCAUGGGUUGCGCUACAGAUAUGAAGAAGAUGUGGGGCCACAUCAAGAGGCCAUCAGGCAUCGCUGUGGGGAUGGUGUGCCAAUUUGGGCUGAUGCCUCUGACAGCCUAUAUUUUGGCUAUCAACUUCCCUGCGAAGUCAAUCGACACGCUUGCCACCUUUAUCAUUGGCUGUUCCCCUGGAGGUUCCCUGUCCAACUUUGUCAGUUACUGGGUGGAUGGAGAUAUGGAUCUCAGCAUCAGCAUGACGGCCCUCUCUAAUAUGGCUGCACUCGGAAUGAUGUCUCUUUGCCUUUUUAUCUGCACACGGACCUGGGAAUCAGAAGGCGACAUCACAGUCCCAUAUCAGGCCAUAGGGACAACUCUUUUCAGCUUUGCUAUACCCAUCGCUUGCGGUUUUUGGGUGAAGUAUAGGUGGCCCAGGCAAUCCCAAAUCAUUCUCAAGGUUGGAAGCACCAUUGGAGGCUUUCUAUGGGUAGGCCCAACAGUAGCCUACUUACUGACAUUUCAAGGUUCUUGGAUUGUGGACUACUCUCUUCUGAUGGUUUCGGCAGUGCUCCCAGUGACUGGCUACCUUGGUGGCUUUCUGCUGGCCUGUCUCACCUGCCAGUCUUGGCAAAGGUCUCGGACGAUUUCUGUGGAGACAGGAACUCAGAACUUGAACUUGCCCAUUGCUGUGUUCCAGCUGUCUUUCAGUUUCCAGCAUUUCAUCCAGAUAUAUCCAUCCCUUGUGAUCUAUAGCGCGUUUCAGUUGCUAAAUUUAUCCCUUAUGGUUUCAGGUUAUCAGAUUUAUAAGAAAUGUCUGGGAAGAGCAGCAGCAGCAGCAGAAGGGAGACCAUCUGAUCCUCAGGUCACAAUGUCAGGCAAUUUGGGCGGCGAAAUCAACUUGCGAUUUGAAAAGGAGCACGAAGUCAAUUCCAAAGUGGUAAAUAGUUUCAACGUUCUUUAG